AUGCUCUGCCGCUUCCUCUUGUACAUCUCUGUUCUAACUGGCGUGAUCAUUGCUGCACCACCCUCCGAGCUGUCUAUCAAUGGCGUUGAGGCUCGCUCGGACAGUAAAGUCUUGGAUGUUGGAGCCUCGGGCAAUCAUGAGUUAGAGCGGCUUGAGCGUCGUUGUGCUAAGGUCGGAUCUUACUUCCUGCUUGUCAACGCAACACCUUGGAACAUGACGUUGUCUAGAAAGGUAAGCUACCAGAUGAGACAAUUCAAUUUUCCCCAAAUCAUCCAGCCAGGCACGUCCAACAGAAUCUACAUCCAGGGCAAAGGCCACGAGGACGAUGCCGGUGAAGCAAGCUACAAAUUCAGAGACCUGCCCGGCAAGCCCGAUUUCGAGCUUAGAUAUAAGUCCGGUAGUGCUGGCAUCCGGUUUACAAAGCUUAGGACCCUCAACAACAAGCGCGGCUCAUUUCAUAAGUUGGUAUGGCAUUGGGACAAUAACUUUCCCUUUAUCAUCGCCAGCUCUGAGAGGGAUCCUCGAAAUCCUUCACUUUGGCCAUGGCUUGUUUCCAGCAAUCCCCCCGAAGACUGGAUGCACUCUAUAUACCCCCGGAUCGCAUGUCUUUCCCUGCGCGAGCUGGCCAUACCUGGAACACACAACUCAGGCAUGUCUAGCUUCCAUGGCGGGUCAUUUAUGGGUUUACCGGCCAACACCAUAACUCAGAUGCUCAACAUCUCAGCCCAGCUGAAAUACGGUGUACGCUGGCUGGAUAUCCGUCCUACCCUGACAAACGGCAAAUGGGCAACUGGCCAUUUCAGCUUUGGUGCUGGUAACUGGCAUGGAGGCAAUGGCGAGUACCUCAAAGACAUUAUUGAUAGCUUGAACGAUUUCACCAGCCGAAACAAGGAGCUCAUCAUUGUCAACCUCAGCCAUGGUUUUAACACGGACACUUUUAGAGGCAACAAACAUGCACGGAUGAGUCAGGUAGAGUGGGAUUGGGUGAUGACGAGGCUGGAGAGGGUCAACUACCGCGUUGAGAACCGGAGCUAUGUACGUGACCUUACGAGAUCCCGGGUCUCUAAAUUCAUCGCGGACCGACCAGCCGUCAUCAUUAUUGUAGACGAUCUUGUCGAUAAGAAGUAUCCCCGGGGGGUUAAAGGCCGUGCCACCCUAGUUCCAGUCGACGUUUCCGAAUUUGCGAAAAAGGGAUUCUUCACGCGAGCCCAGUUCCCUAUAUUCGAUGAAUACGCCAAUACAGGAAAACAAAAGAAAAUGAUCGCUGACCAGCUGACCAAGAUGAAAAAGCACCGGAAACGCCCAAAGUCAAAAAUGUUUCUUCUCUCGUGGUACCCAUCCCAGUUGCUGCACCCUAUCCUUCCGAACGCCAGGAACGCUAACCGAGCUCUAAUUGAGCUACUCUGGCCGGCAAUGUCACCAUCGACAUAUCCAAAUAUCAUCAACGUUGAUGCGUAUCCUGCAGACAGAGACAUCGCCGCACUGGCAAUGGCAAUCAACUAUCACUUUGCUCCGCAGUGCCAUGUCACUAGCUCACAAUAG